AUGCGGCCGUUCCUCAUUCUUGGCCUUGGCAUUCUGGCCUAUGUGGUUGCGGUGGACCGGCUAAAGUUCAAAACAUGCAGCCAGUCAGCCUUCUGCAAGCGGCAGCGUGAGGUGACCUCCCCUACUGGAUACGAGGUAGUUGAUGGUUCCGCAAAGUUCAAUGAUACUGCAUAUUCUGCUCAAAUCAAAAAUAAGGAUCUCACGCUUGACCUCCAUGUAGUCGCUUUGGAUGAUUCCACGUUUCGAUUGGUCAUCGAUGAACCGAAGGGAGCCGUACGGAAGCGAUUCCGACCGCUUGAUGCUCUCGUUGAGAGGGAUCCCAAACAGCAAAAAAUCAAAAAGUCAAAGACGGACGGAAAGGUGUCAAAGAUGAUUACUGAAGAUGGCCACCGAGUGGUAAUCACGCACAGCCCGCUGAGAAUUGAUUUCUACUCCAAAGAUAUCCUGGUAACAUCAGUCAAUUCGGCUGGUCUACUUAUGGUGGAACCAUUCAAGAAAAAAGUCUUGUUAACAGACCGUGAGAAACUCUAUUGGGAGGAGACCUUCGGAGAGCAUAAAGAUACUAAACCCUACGGUAUAUUCAGAAAAGAGGAAUUCUAA